AUGCAAGCUCAAGCGCAAAAACAACGAACUACAGCGGUAACAUCACGUUCCACCGAUUCGAUGCUACUAUUAGCAACAGAUCAAGCAGAAAAAAGUUCACGUGAACUACCAUAUUCGCAAUUAUCCGUAACUUUGGAUAGUAAUCAAAAUUAUAAGAAGUAUGAGCCAACGGCAACAAAUUCUACGAAGAAUCGGCGGAAUUCAUUAGUUAUUGUUGAUACUGCAACUGUUAUACCAAACUAUUACAGUAUCCGGAAAGAGAUAAAACAAGAACUGAAACUUAGUAAACAGGAUUUCGUCAAUAAUAAUUUAAUCAGUCCUAUUGGUCCUCAAGCAAAGACACCGUUAUCACCAACACAUCGUGCUCAAAAACAACCAUUUGGUAGUAGUUGUGCAGUAAAUAAUGAUAAUACUGCUAAUGCAGUGGGUAUUGUCAGUUCAACGAAUGAUAAACAAACUUAUAAGACUAAUCAGAAAACUUCCACCAAUUGCACCGUAAAAGCAUCAAUUCCAUGUGACAAUGUAAAAAGGAGGACGGUGAUCCAGGCAUCUACAUCAGAAUUAUUGCGUGGCCUAGGACAGUAUCUAUCAAAACAAUGCCAUAUUCGACAUUUUGAACCUGCUCAACUUGUCAUGUGGCUUAGGACCGUUGAUAGGGCACUUUUAUUACAGGGUUGGCAAGAUGUAGCAUUCAUUAAUCCGGCAAAUUUAGUCUUUGUUUAUAUGUUAGUGAAAAGUAUGGUGGGUAAUGAUGCAACGAUCAAAACGGUGGAAGAAUUGCAAUCAAUUGUACUUACCUGUCUUUAUAUAAGUUACAGUUAUAUAGGCAAUGAAAUUUCCUAUCCAUUAAAACCAUUUCUUAUUGAUCAGGAUCGUGAUCGUUUCUGGGAUCGAUGUGUGCAAAUAGUGAAUGAACGAAGUGCCGAUAUGUUGCGACUUAAUUCAUCAUCAACUUAUUUUACUGAAGUAUUUGCUGAAUUAAAACAUUAUGCUUUAGAUGGAUAA